AAAUAGCGUUUCACGCAAGGAGGUGUAGAGAAAGCUAAUCCACUUGUUGUCAAAGGGAGAUGUAUAGCGAAGUUGUAGCGACACAUGCAUGAAACCAUGUGAAACCAGCAUUUAAUUAUUUUCCAGCUUUCUUCGAACAUGCCAGGAUUCAGAGAGGCUGGGUUGGUGGGUGUUGCUGUUGCGCUAACGGGAGGAGUCGCACUUAUUAUUUGGACUUACGUGUCGUCGGCGGACAAAAAGCCAAAGCCGCCCAAAAAGGCUAAGGGCAAUUUGGAAAGAAUUAACGAGGCAAAAGAAGACACCGUUCCAAAAACAGAAGUCAUAGAAGCACAAAAAACACCAGCCCUAACCGAGGCCAAGCCAGCAGAGAAGGGGAAACAGGUGCUGGUGCUGGGGCUGGAGGGUGCAGGAAAGACCAGCCUGCUUCACUGCUUCGCUACUGGUAGCCUGGAGCAAGAUGUGUCACCUACCCAGGGGUUCAACGCUGUCUCCAUCAACAGAGAGGACCUUCAGAUAGAGUUCCUCGAAAUUGGAGGUACAGAGAACCUGCUAGCCUACUGGAAGAGAUACAUGUCCAAGGCAAAGGUGUUAGUGUUUGUGGUCGACUCCUCUAAGUCUGACCAGUUCCCUCUGGCUAAGAAGCAUCUACAUGACCUGGUGACCUCAGACCCCCUCCUGCCUCUGAUGGUGCUGGCGAACAAGCAGGACCUGCCAGGUGCCUGCAGUAUCACCGACCUCCACGAGGCCCUGGGUCUGGCUGAGCUGGGGGACGACCGAAGGCUGUUCCUCAUCGGUACGUGCGUGAGGAGAGGCGAGCAGGAGCUCAACUCAGGCGUCCAGGACGCUCGGGAUCUGGUGGUCCAGAUGAUGAGUGAAGGGAAAUAAGACGGAGCCUGGCAGCCAUCGCUCCCUGACCCUUUAACCAGAUCCACCUCCUGUCUGUCGUUGUGUUUGGAGGUUAAGGCUGUAGUGUGUAACAUGUAUUUAGCAUUUUGGAUGGUUUGAGCAACGUGCUAAAUGAUGCGCAGCUGAAAGGGAUCUGAAGUGAGGGGGAAGCUGAUUGGUUGGUUUCACGGUGUGGUGGUUGGAGAUUAGGUGCGUCGACUUCAUGCAGCGCUGGAAUCGCCUAAAGCCGCCUGCAGCCCGGCUGACUUGAAGCAGCCAAUGGCAUUCUCAGGUUUAAGUCGGCGCCACCGGCGCUGCAUGAAGUCGAACACACCUAUUGUGUGUCACAUGACCCUCAGUGUCAUGUGACCCUCAGAUAGUGUCAUGUGACCCUCAGAUAGUGUCAUGUGACCCUCAGAUAGUGUCAUUUGACCCUCAGAUAGUGUCAUGUGACCCUCAGGUAGUGUCAGGCGCUGACCUGAAUCUUAACCUUCUACGUGUUAUGUUUGGUGUCCAUUAAGAACGUUAAAUGAAAGGGCUGAUAUUUUUCACCAAAGCUUUUUGUUGUGUGUGGAAAUCCUACAUCACAGGUGAUGUGUACAGUACUUCUGGUAGAACACUAACCAUUAUUUGUCUGCUGUCAGAUAGUAGAAGUAAUUGUAAAAAACAAUAUUGUUACAUGGUGCAUAUUUAUAUUUAUGUGAGUGUUUUGUGUCUUCAGAAGGAAUGUAAAAAAUAUUUUCUCAACUCCAAAGUUUGAUAUCUAUGAAUCCAAACGCAUUUCAGGAAGAUGCCAAAGUACCUUUUCCAUGUAUUUUAUGGACUGACUACAUCUUAAUGUUCAAGGUUGGUGCACCAGACAAAAUGACUGCUGCUGUGCAUCCUAGUUUGUGCAAAGAUUUCACUGUAUAAACACAUUAAUAAGACCAUGGUAGUUGAACAUAUUGAAAUUGCAGAAGACACAUUUGAUUGUCCAAAUACAUAUCAUCCAUCUGAAAUGACUCAGGGUUCCAUUCCUAAUUAGACUCGGAUACAACGCUUUGUAUGUUUUCAACUGGGUGACUAAAAUAAUAAAGAUUAAAACUUGUUAAAAAAAA